UUCUGGUCUUCACCCAUGCCCACCAUCGGCAGCAACAGAUAAAAAGACAGUUGCAGGCGACACCCUGUUGUCUGCUGUCUACACUUCAGUCAAGGCACAUCCUCGAGGUCUGACCUGACACUAGGACAUCACAACUUCAGCCUAAGACUCCAGACUCAGGCGAGUGUCGCUGCGGGUCACGAUGUCGUCUCUAUGGUUACUUCUCGCUUUGCUGCUGCCCACCGUGGUUACACCCUUUCCACAGGAUUUCCUGGCAAAGCAGCUACAGAUGAGGCUUCGAGAACAGCUUCCUGCAGAUUACCUGGAAGAUCACCUGGAAAUGAACAAUCGCCAACAGCUUCCCUCAGAUACCCUUGAGGAAUACCCAGACAGAGAAAACCGUCAACUUCUUGCCUCGGACGAUGGUGGCCACAACAACCUGCUGACUGUGCUUCAUCAGGCAGUGAGGAUCAUAGAGAAAUGUACAACAGAUAUUGCAGCAGGAAACAGACUCUGCUUGCUCACACCUCAAAAGACUAAGACUGGUGGAGACGACACCAACAACUGAGACCGCAUGUCGGAGAUGACCUGAAAUAUUGAAAAAUGUGUAACACAUCCGUGAACAUUACUAAUGUGGCUAACCAUGUUACAUAUCACACAGCCAUCAAUCACACUUCACAAGUCUAAAGGAACUCUGUGAAUAGAAAUGACUGUGUGAAAUAAACGCAUGUAGCAGACAUGUGA